AUGUACAUCAUCUCAGCCGUACAAAAUAUCGAAAGACAAUUCCAGAUCACUUCCAAAUUGUCUGGGAUUUUAGUAUCAGCAAACGAUAUUGGCUAUAUUCCCACUGUGAUCUUCAUUUCUUAUUUUGGUUCCAAAGGGAAUCGAGCAAGAUGGAUUGGGCUGGGAACGGUGAUGAUGGCCAUCACUUAUUGGAGUAUCGCUUCGCCGAAUUUUCUAUUCCCAGUCGUUGUCCAACAGGCUAAUACUUCGGAUAUCUUGGCUCAAUUGCAACCGUCAGCCGAAGCUCUUCUCCCAAAUGCUUCUCUCGCCACUUUACUGGCCUAUCCAUUGAUCAAAGAUCGACUUCCCGUUGAUAUGAUUAAGAAUUUGAUGUUAGUUGAUGCGAAUGAUACAUCGAUUUCAACAAUGGCUCCGAUCUCGAAAAAUAUGAUUAUUGUUAGCAACAUGACUAAAGACAGCGCUUAUUACACUUAUUCGAUUGAGCCAAAGCUAAUGCAAACGAUUUUGACGACUGGCAAAGCUGUGUUAGAUAAAGAAGAAUCAGUGGAUAAACUUAUCGAUCUUUUGAGAGAAUUUGUACAAAAUCAAAAUAAUUCCACAAAUUUAAAGGAUGAUUUGAAAAAGAUUCGGCGAUCAGCGAUCGCUCCGUUUGCAGUUUGUGGAAAUCUCAUUAACAAGCUUCGACUUCAUUUAUGGGAUCUCCGUUGUAUGGAAAGCUCAUCAAGCUUUGAGCCCUAUUCAAUCAUGUUUAUGUCUCUAUUCUUCUUGGGUGUUGGCCGAACGAUGCCUUGGUCACUGGGCAUUCCACUGCUUGACGACAAUGUGAAAGCAAAGAAUUCCCCUCUUCUUUUUGGUGGAAUGUCGUUCAUUCGGAUUCUCGGACCGAUUUGCGGGUUUUUGAUUGGCUCAGUUUGCAACAAAUUCUACUACACCUUGAAACCUCCAUUCGGCUUGAGUCCAGCUGAUCCAACUUGGAUUGGAGCCUGGUGGAUCGGUUUCAUUUUCAUCGGUUGUAUCACCAUUAUUCCAUCAUUGAUGAUUCUAUUUUUCCCAAAUCCUAAACUUUCAAAUGAGGAUAAAGAAACUGGAAAAAGAGAGCUCAACUUCUUCGAUAAACACAAAAACGAUGAUGCUGAUAAGACAAAUAUGGAGAAGUUUAAAACUCUCUCAAAAGAAAGUCUAUUGAGAAAAGUAAUUGGACAAGCGGAAGGCUUUCUGAAAGAAUAUAAAGAAGUCUUGGGCACAAAGAUUUAUCGUGGAGCGGUGGUUGGAAGAAUUUGCGAUAUUCUUGCUUUCAAGGGUUAUAUGACAUUUUUGCCAAAAUAUCUCGAGAAUCAUUUUGGUAUUCCGCAAUAUAUGGUUCACAGAUAUAUGGCAAUGUUUGGUGUCUUUGGCUUUGCUUGUGGUACAAUGGCUGGUGGAUUGGUUGUAAAGAAGUUGAAAUUCUCGGGACAACAGGCAGCUUUAUGGGUGUUGAUCAUGUCAUCUUUGAACACUGGUAUCUUCUUCUCGAAAAGUUUCAUUGCUUGUGAAUCGACGGUGGCGAAAGUCGGAUUGGCAAGGAGUGCCAAUGCUUACAAUUUCACUCAAAAAUGCAAUGCAAAUUGUGGCUGUGAGGGAGCUAAAUUGUACCCAGUUUGUGACAUUGAUGGAAACGCUUUCUAUUCUCCAUGUCAUGCCGGAUGUCGAGAAGCAAAGAUUAACAAACAUAAUGCAAAUGAUGCUGAAUUCACUUCAUGUGAAUGUGCUGUUGACGGACUCGUCAGCAAGAAUCUUUGCAAAGAUGAGUGCAAAUUUGCGACUGCAAUCUUUUUUGCAACGGUGAUCAUUGGAGCUUUCAUUGCCGGCACUGGUGUUGUGCCAAGCUUGUUGAUUUUGUUAAGAUCAGUACCACCAUCAACAAGAUCGAUUUCAUUGGGUUUACAAGGUUUCAUGGUUAGCUUGUUCGGGACUUUGCCCUCUCCAUUCCUUUGGGGAGUAAUCAUUGAUUCAACUUGUCUUGUUUGGGAAUACGCUUGUAAUGGUGGUCAUGGAGCCUGUUCGCUUUAUAAUUCAACAGAAAUGAGAACAAGAAUGCACUUCACAUAUACGGGUAUACGAACAAUUGCUUUGUUCACCGAUUUGUAUGUGUAUAUCAAUUCAAAAGAUUUGAAGAUUAUGGAUGAUGAGGAAAAGGAGAGCGAAGUUGAAGAAGCAGUUCGACGUGGCUCAGUUCGAUUAAGAGACUUUAAAGAACAA